CAGGAAUGUAAAUUGUGUAGGUUAUUAAUACGUUUAUGUUUUUCGUAUUCAGGUUUGACCUCCUAAUAUGAAGGAACUUGGCUGAUUUCUAUGUUUCCUGUCCCUGCGGAAAUAUGUUGAUUUAUUUUUAGUUAAAAAUGUCUAUAUUUAUUCUAUUUUCAGUUAAGUGUGGCGUUUUAAUCUUGCUCCCGGGGGGACAUUUGUUGAGUGAGUCCGCUUAUCAACAUUCAGAAUUGUACCGUUUUUUUGGGGUGGGGGGUACGUGGUUGACAAUCUCGCUGGAGUGCGUAACCAUAAUUUACCUAGUCAUUUGUCAUGAAUGCCACCAGAAGCACGUUGAAAAUCUUUGAGGUGAUUUUUUUGUUUUAAAAAUUGGCCAUUAAAGUUGAACUUUUCUCGUUUGAGCACCGUCAGGUCGAUUAUUCACCAGCGCCAAAAAGUGGCGUGUUGUUCCGUUUUCAGCAUGAUAUCGUUAAAGAAGCAAUAAUCUCUGCACAUUUGCUUCAGUCAGUUAACAGUAACACCAUCUUCGCCAUCUGUGAGAAAAUGCUGAGGUCAUUAUGAGGCGAUGUGCUUUAGAAAAGUUCGGCAUUUCUGUAAUUAUUUAGGCCAAUAUGACAUGUAGCAGUGCAAUCUCAUGUUGUCAUUCUGGCUAUAGUCCCAGACUAUAUAGGUUACUGUGUAUGUGUGUGUCAGUGUACACACAGUGUCUGAGGGUGUGAGAGAGUGUGGGUUGUGUAAUUUUUUGAUUCCCCCUUUUCUCUUUCUGCCCCCCUCCACGCUGGUAGACGUCACACCGACUUAAAACAAGGAUAAAAAGUUGUCGACAUGGCGAGAGAGGAAACAACAACCCGGAGAAUUUAGCUUUUGCGUAAACGGGGGUAGGGGGGGUAGAGAGAGAAGUGGGUGACAGGGAGAGGAAGGGAGAGGACGGUGACGGCGACAUAGAAAGGGUGGGAGGGUGGUGAGGGAGGGAGAGGUGCACGCGAAAGAAUUCCCCUUAGUGGCAUACCAGCGUUUUCCUUUUCAUAGCAGCAACCCGCACUUCAGCGGUCUAAUAAACAAACGGAUCGGUAAAGGUCGGCGGUUCCUCUACAAGUGGAGGGGAAAGAGGGAGAGGACAUCGGCAAAGUAUGAAGAGCAAAUCUGAGCGCAGCGUGUUGGUGUUGCGGAUUUCUCUGCUUAUCUGGAUUUUUCUGACAAGGGCGGAAGCACGGGUCUCUGGGAGAAAAGCUCGCCAAACCCAGGAGACAGAGGGACUGGAGGCCAGCUGGGGGCCAUGGAGCCCGUGGGGGGACUGCUCACAGACGUGUGGCGUGGGCGUGUCCGACCGAAGGAGGCGAUGCCUGGCCAAACCCCGCGCCUCGCACAGCUGGGAGCUGCCGGCCUUUCUGUCCCUGGGUCUUCCUAACCACACCCCUGUUGUUUCAGCCAUUCGCCCCCACUACCCCUCCCAGUACCCACUAACCGAUACGUAUGCCUACAGUGGUGGCGAAAGACGCCCUUUCUAUUCGCCGUCGUCAUCGGCCAAUCAGAACGGCAGGCUUCCAGUGUUUAGACGCAGUCAGGGAUCUGGUCUUCCUGAUCAGGCCAGGCCUGAGGCUCCCCUGUCCUGGAGAGACUUUCCUCCAUAUAAUCAAGAGUCUGUUUCUGUUUAUCGUCCUCCCUCCUUCCCCUCCUCCUCCAUUAAUUAUGGGCAGGUGGGAAGGUCCCCCUGGCCACCUGACAGCGAGGGCACUGGCAGAGUUGCUGGGGGCGGGACCAGGAGGUCAGUGCCAGCCAAUCAGGAUGGAGUGUCUCCCAGAAGGUCCGUGUCGCCAGGAUCCUCCAUCCGCCCAGGUCAGUUCGGUUACGGCCGGAUGCCCUUCUCUCUGCCUUUGCAUCGGCAAAAUCGGCAAGCCCGGCACUCCGUCCACGGGGGCAACAGCUCCAGCUCUGCCGCUGCUGCCGAAGAGCCCCCCCCGGCGGGGCACGGCGGUGUGGGUCCGGCUGAACCCAAGGAGCACCCUGGAGCCGAGGAGGACUGGGGGAAGGUAGAGCCAGAGAGGCAGGUGGGGAGGAGCAUCACUUCUGCGGGGCUCCCUGACCCCAGACCGGACGAACGUGUUGAGCCGGGUCAAGCAACCACAGAUGGCAGGAGCGUCGGACUCCCGCACGGACGCCCAGACGAGGUCCCACCCGGUCUGGUGGAGAGAGACAGGCCCGCCCACUUCAUCCCCCGUGUCCGCACGCCGCCCCACCCCAGCCGCGAAUGGCAGCCUGAGCGACGGGCCCCAUCUCCAAACUCCCACCCGGCCUACCCCCCUUUCUGGCAGCCUGUGCCCCACAGGGAGCCUCUGUACAGCUUUGCUCCCCCCUUGCCCCCCACUCGCCCCCUGCAGCUGCCACCAGGUUCGCCCUCAAACCCUAACAUCUGGCUGCCGCCUCCCCAGCAGCCUGGCGAAGAGCCAGAAGGGGGGGGUGAGGCAGCGAGUGAACUGAGGCCAGCUGGAGGCAGAUGGAGGCCCGGCGGGCCGCCCCCGCGAAACUUCAAGUGCUCCGGACCAGAGAAGGAGUAUCGCCGAUGCAGCUCCCAGCAGGUGUGCCCAGGGGGCGCCGUGGACCCUAGGGUGGAGCAGUGCUCGUCCUUCAACAGCCAGGAGUUCAUGGGCAGGCUGUAUGACUGGGAGCCCUUCACUGAGGUGGGUGCUGUUCAACAGUGUGAGCUCACCUGCCGGCCUGCGGGUUUCCGAUUCUACGUACGGCAGGCAGAUGCGGUGAGAGAUGGCACGCCUUGCGUUAACAGCACCGUGGCCGGCGUGUGCGUGGGUGGGCACUGCCUGAGCGAGGGCUGUGAUGGCAUUCUGGGUUCAGGCCUGGUGCGGGACCGGUGCGGUGUAUGCGGGGGCAGGGAUGCAUCCUGCCGGAGAGUUUCCGCAACCUUCAAUGACACCAGCGUGCCCCUGGGCUACCAUCACAUCCUGGACAUCCCCGUGGGAGCGACAGCCAUCAACAUCACAGAAAGGAAGGCCAGCCCCAACUACCUGGCUCUGCGCAGUGGUACAGGCCAGUCUGUGGUGAAUGGCCGCUGGGCAGUGGACCCUCCCGGGGAGUAUCAGGCGGGGGGCACCACCUUCUCCUACAGCCGGCCACGGGCCAGCGCCGAGGGGAGGGACGAUGGCGCGGGGGAGACACUGAUGGCCCCCGGCCCCACCAGCACUUUGCUGAAGCUCUAUAUCAUCCACCAUCGAAAAAAUCCAGGGAUCGACUAUGAGUUCUACAUCCCGGUGGAGAGCGAGCAGGGCGGAGAGCAGAGAGGCCUCCGCCAGGAGAUAGGUGUCCGCUCUCCGGUGUUGGACAGCUCCAUCCCCGGUGCCCCGCCCCCUGCCCUGUCUCCCGCGGCACGGUCCUGGGCUCCUGAACAGCCCCGGGCACAAGGCCUGGGCCCCAGCCGCAACGCCCGCAUCCCACCACGCACCGACCAGCCUCUCGACACGCAGCCGCCAUUCAUCUGGAGGAGGGGCCUGCUCACUGAGUGUUCUGCCUCCUGUGGCAAAGGCACUCAGCACAGGAUUGUGUACUGUGUCAACCGUCACACCGAACAGGAAGUGCCAGAAAUUAAAUGUGACUCUGCUACGAAGCCAGAUACAGAGGAGGAGCCCUGUAACCUCCACCCAUGUCCACCAUUCUGGGAGGUGGGCUCCUGGUCCGACUGCAGUGUCACCUGCGGCUCCGGGCUCCAGCAGAGGCAGGUCCAGUGCAGACAGAGCUUCGGGAACCGCUCCACCAUGGUGCACCCCCAGCGCUGCUCCUCGCUGGUCCGGCCCAAUGCCACACAGCCGUGCCACCCCCGCGUCUGCUCACAGUGGGAGAUCCGCACCAACUGGAGUGCAUGCUCCGUGGACUGUGGCUCAGGGAAGAGGACUCGCAGUGUCCGCUGUGUCAGUAACCAGGGCAACAUUGUGAGUGACAGGGAGUGCAGUACCAGGCUCCGCCCCCAGGGCACAGAGGACUGUCACAUGGGGCCCUGUAUCACAAACUGGUACUUCACUGAUUGGACGCAGACUUGCUCCGCCCAAUGUGGGCCCGGCAUCCAGAGGCGGGAGGUGCUGUGUCUGUCCAGCGGGGGAGGUGGAGGUGACUGCAUGGGAGAGAAGCCACUAGAUAUGAAGGCUUGCAAUGGGGGCCGCUGUCUCCCCGUUGAGCUGUGGUACACUGGACCCUGGAGCCCGUGCAGCUCCUCAUGUGGGAAUGGAACCCAGCGUCGGGACGUCAUCUGUGUCCAGAAACUGGGGAGCGAUUUUAACGUGACACCAUCUGCUAGCUGCGCGCACCUGGAGAAGCCGGCCCUGGUGCAGACUUGUGAGGUUGGGCCCUGCGGGCCGCAGUGGUUCACCACCGAGUGGAGCGCGUGUUCCCGCUCAUGUGGCAGAGGCUCCCAGACGAGGGAGGUGCGCUGUCUGACGGUGGAUAGGCGGCCCAGCCUGGCCUGUGACGCUUCCUCUAGGCCGGAGAGGGAACAGCCGUGUAACACCCUACCCUGCGGCCCGCAGGUCUCAGAUGAAAACUGCAAGGACAAGAGACAUAACUGCAUGAUGGUGGUGCAGGCCCGCCUCUGUGUGUACUCCUACUACAAGACAGUGUGCUGUGCAUCCUGCUCUCAGAGCACGCAGAGGGCCCGCAGGCAGUGACCCCCCCCCCCUCCCCCGCCACUCCCUGGAAGUGUGCUUUCUGCCCUGUCGUGUAGGUAACACCCAUCUCGCACCCUGCUCUCUGACAUAGCAUUUCAUAUGCGCCAAAGAGGAAAUCCCAGAAGCGGGCAGUGGAGACCCUCACUCUUCGGGCAACCAUGGCAACCAUGGGGGUAUCCACAGGGCCCACCGGAACUGUACCCCAACACCGUGGAUGAGUAACGCUGUGUCACAUGUGUCACGGCGGUGGUUACGUCACAGGAAACGCAAAUUCAUUUCAGUGGAGAGGUGAGGGGGCAGGUUAACCAGCAGCCUGAGAAAUACUUUAGUCUCCUAAACCCCCAUCACCCUCAUGGUAGUUAUAGCACCAUCCUGAGGUAGGAAUGAGCGAGUCCGGCUCCAUGCUGCAGUCACUGAGUACGAGCAAACUUCAUCUCUCCUUUGCCUGACCGUUUGCCCCCAUUCUAAGUUACAUAAGCGCUCCUGCUCUCAGAAUAUUGGCAGAAAAUACCUUUUAAUCACUCUGAAUGUACAGGACAGAUGUUUCCCUGAGGCACAAAAAACGAAAUAAUUUCACAGAGAAAUGAAAUGUUUACAGCAUUAGUGUGCCUUAGCUGCAUCACUCACCCAGAAAGGGGUGAUUCUGUGCACAGGCCGCACCGCAGCCUCUGUCCCGUGUCGCGUCGUUAUCCGUCUGCGCAGACAUACAUGCCCCUGCUUAGAUUCCCAUUGUCUCUCUGAAUGCCCAGAACCAAACCCUAACCCCUAUGUUAGUACCUGCCAACCAGCCCUCUGAUCUGUGAGAUGUCACACUGUCCACUCUUUGCUUGGAUUUUAUGUAUAGAAACAUUUGUUGUUACUGUUUUGUUGUGAUGUUUGUUCGGUGUUUAGAGACACACACACACACGUGUAUCAAGUAUAUUUUUAAGGCAAUGUUAUAUUUUUAUACAUAUAUUUUGGCUAUAUUUACAUAUUCUCUUCUGGUAAAAAAAAAUAUUACACCACAUUCACAUUACUAAAAUUGUUAAUGCUCUUCACCUCCCUAUAUAUUUAUAUUAAUAUAUAUUGCAACUGAGAUAUUGAAAUUCACAUAUAAUGCAAUAGACUUUUUUGGUUAUUAAAGUGUUAAUAUAUUACUGAACACAUUUGUUUUUAAGACAUUUUGGAGCAGCUGGAGGGGGGACUCGCUGUGCUCCUCCUGAAGUGCUCAGUACAACGUGGGUCGCGAUUAAUGGAUAAAAAUGUCACUCAUUUUGGGAAAACGCUUUGGGUGCCAGUUAGAUCAAUGGUAUUUUCUAAGGCUUCGCAUUUCAAAUUACCGAGAACCUCUCGUUUAAGAAUCACGUGUGAAAUGAUGACUUUGCAUUUCAGGACCCCAAAAGCAUCUGUAUCUGGACAAAUCUGAUGUUUGCGGUAAGAACGCACUGUAUGUAACACCAACUGGAAUAGGUAUGCAAAUCACACCUGACCUCAGUGACCUGUGUGACGUAUCACCAGUGUUGUGUCAUACCCAGUGGUUUCUGAAGGAUUGAUAGAGAUGAGUUGAGGCUUUACAUGAUCGUGACGGCAAACAGUGGCGUUAUUAGGGAUGGGCUUUUACUGUGGUGGAGAGGACUAAUUGGGACUCAGCUGCAGGAUACGGACAGUUCAGGAUCAGACUGAGCGAAAUUCAUCUGUCUGACACAGAUGAUGAAAUUCUUACGGAUUCCGCUAAUACCCAGAUACGUGUGUAUGUAUGGAUGUGUAUUCGCUGUGUUUUUAUUUUCCUUUGUGUCAAGAAUUGCUUUAUUAGAAAUGAAACUUUUAUAUUUAAAAGGCAGAAAAUCAAUAGUAAUUUAUCUAUUAUAAAAAAAACACAUAAUUUAUUUUUGUCUUCUGAAGGAGCUUUGCUAUGUUACUGUUCGACUUCUGCUGAGGUCGAUUGGUCCUUUUUACAUUUUCAAAAGAUAAACAGGAAUGUUAUCACACUGCCUCGUUUGAAAUAAAUGAUUAAUUAAACAUC